UGAUGGAGGGAUAUUUGGAUGGAAGCUUUAGAGGACUUGUAUUUUGUCCAUUGUAUCAUGAGACAUUGUAGUGACCUGAUUAUCUUGCUGCAGAACUACCAGUGUUUGAGCUUUCUUUGAAUGGCUUUAUGCAGAUGCAUCCAAUUUAGAGUAUUUUUAAUAAUCUGCUGAGAAAUACAUUGCAUGAAAGAUUGUAGGGCCAUCAGAAAUAUACAACCAAACAACAUGAAAUUCUUAUCCGGUCAUGUUCUAUAUUCAGGCAGCAGAUCCAGAUAUAAUUAAACAUUACUGCAAAUUUCUGUUGUAGUUGGUUGUAAAAUGUACAGUUGUUUCCUUUAUAAAUGUGUACUGUGGACAGAUUGUGUAGUUUUUUUGCAGUGCUUUUUGACAUGUCCUUUCUGUAACUAGUCUUGUAUUGUGUAUUAGCACAACACUACCAGGAAGGACAGUUUUGCAUCUGAUGAAAUGCAAUUUUUUUGAUGUUCUCCAAGUGAGCAAUGCCACGGUUCAGUCCUUGUCAGAAAUAUUCCUUACACUUGCUCUCAUACCUGUCCCCUUCCAAACAACAUUGGUAUCGUCCGAUCCAUCAGCAGGCAAGUCCAGGCCUGCCCUUUCGGUUAAUAAAUAGUCAUGAGGCCAAAAAGUGGGAGGUCCAAGAUUUGUUGUUAGCUGCAGCUAGAAGUUGACAGGGCCAGGACGGCUGGAGGAAUAUAGAGAAAUAUCCUCGCACUUGUCCUCUACACUCAGCCAUAUUCAGAGCUGCAGAGUUCAGCAGGCUUUCAGUGCGCAGGGGAAGGUAUUGGUUCUCACCGCACUCACCUGUAUGUGCGAGGUCACAUGACCAGCCGGGUGAGAGUGUGUGUCCUGACGGCCGCCCGUCCUGCGGGAGCGCUACAAUGCUGUGCGCAGGUGACCCGGCUCAUCACUACAGCACGGUAGGUGAGCUUCAUUCUUCAAAAGGAUAACGUGAUUCUAGUCCGGUCUGUUUAACAGAGAAGGUCAGGAAAAAAAGUGACUCUUUAACUUUUUUAGCAGCAGUGUGAUAAUGAAAAUAAAUUUUGAAGAAAGAAGGCUCAAUUUUUUUUGAGAUGAUCACAACGAUUUUGUUUAGUGAUCUGGUCCAGAAAAUCCUGAAGUACUUAUAUUACAAGUUAGAGGUUAGAAAUAGGUGACUGAUAGGUGUAAAUAAGUACGGUUGCUUUUUGCAGGCGAGUUGUUUGUGUUGUUAGUGUGUUUACUUUCAAAUUCCCAGAAGUUAAGGUGGCACUGGGGAGCUGAAGCAGAGCUAAUGCUUAUUUCACUGUGAUUAUAUAGCAGUAGUAGCAUUUGUUUCUUCCAAGAUGUUCACUGUGUGCCAUGUCUCUGAGAUUAAUACCUGUUGAUGCAUCUGCAUGGAUCUGUCAGUUAUAGUGAUCACUGAUGGAGUCUGGUUCAGCUUAUGUGGUGUAAAAGACAUGUUUUGUUAUGAAGACACUAUUUAAUGAGUCCUACAUUGCUUGAGCCUUGAGGGUUAAAUUUGAAAUUGAAAUUUGUGUCUUAACAUUUGAGUUGUUGAGAAAAUAUUUAGGCAAACAAUGGAGAGUGAUGAUCAUCAGCAGAUCAGGCCUGCCCAUUCCAAGCAUAAAAUGAUUAAUAAGAUGAUUUUUAUUUUUUACAUACUGUGCUGAUUUUCUAACACACACCUGAGUCACAUGCCUUGACUAAACAUGGUCAGUAACUGUAACACUGACUCAUUGCGCUACACUACCUGUGCAGUAGAGGGCAAUGUUUUUGCACUUUAGCACACGUUCGUCAUUCUGUUAGCUGUUAUUUCAGUUCCUUGUAGUUCCCCCAGUAAAGAUGUGUCUGAGCACGCUCUGAAGAUGUGCAGUGUUAUGUCACACUGUGCAUAUCGGUUCCCAUCAUCUCCACAAACCAUCCUUUUCAUCAUCUUUAUCCGGAAUAGCAGCAGAAUGAUAAGAUGAUAAGAUGUUGUAAAUAGAUGUGGACAUGGCUGGGAACCAAAAAUCACCAACUACUCACUCAGGGCUGCCUGGUGAUCAUAAUAAAACUCAUGAGAUUUAAUUUUCCUCUCACUUUCACUCACUUCUUUUUGAAAGAUUUUUUUGUGGUGUGUGAUUAAACGAUAAUAUUGCCAUAACAUGAGUUCAGUAUUAUGUGAAGUGGGAUGAAAUGGCAGUAAAACUUCGACAAGGCUAGAAUUGUAACAACUGUCAGUGUUUAUAUGAUAGAAUUCCACUGACUAAAACUAAAACAAAUUCAGCUCGUCUACACUGUCACCAUGCACUACUGGCAAAAAGAUUAUUAUUAUUUUUUUUAAUUCAUUGGAAUUUUCUCUACCGAAAGUGAUUUGCAGGUGAGGCAGAAAACAAUCCAAACAUACAGUGCGGUCCAAAUGUCAGAGAGCGCUAGUGAAAAUGCUUCUGUAAUGCUACAAAUGAUAUUAUCAGCAACACUUUGUAAAAAGUAGAAUCUAGAAAUAUUCAUAUGAAUUUCAGAGUUUUUUGGUAUUUGGUAUGUCCCCUUUUUGCUUUAAUGACAGUGUGCACUCGAGCUGACAUAGACUCCAUACGUUUGUGUAAAACCUGAUGAUCUAUGUUAGAGCAAAUCCAGAGUGUCAUCUGAACACGGGCUUCAACAGAAGGGAUAAGACUCACAGACAAUCAGAUCUUUUGUACAAAGGAGUUAACAUGGUUAAUAUCACACAUUUGCUUACAUUAAAUAGUGACCUAGAAAUUGUGCAAAAUCUUGAAUACUGAAUUGUCAAGAUGUUGCACAUUGCAUUUAGAAUUUUAAAAAAUUCUAAAACUUUCUGUUUAUUUCCAGUUUUAAAUAAUAACAAAUCCCAGAUUUUCAUUUUGGUCUCAGACUUUUGGACCCCACUGUACAUCUGAGCAGUUUGAGGUAAGGCUGGGCAAUAUGAAAAUAUAAUAUUGAUAUCAGGAUAAAUUAUAUUGCAGUUCACUUUCUGAUAUAUCACCAGUAUAAAAUUUAAAAAGUUCCAAUAUUUACACCUGGAGACCAGAGUUGAUACAGUUAUCAACAUUUGGAAAAUGUUGUAAUUGAAUUUUUUGCUUAUUUAUCUGGAUUUUUAGUCAUGGAUCGAAUAAAUAUUAGUCAUUGCAGCUGUAUUUGUGUAAAAUUUGAACAGUUGUUAAUGAAAUAUACAUAUUACUUAAGAUUAUUUAAGGUUUGUUAACGCUGAAAUAAUGCUAGGUAAGGAAACCUUAGUCUAAAGCAUUGCCAGUAAAAGUUUUAAUGCUCUGGCUUAGUAUGAGUCAUUGCCUCAAUGAUGCCAAGCUUUACCUCAUGCACUUUACGUCUGACCAUCUCUCCGUUCGGACUCAGUAAGCUGUAAGUGACAGUCUGACAGAAAGCGAGCUGUUUGGGUGUGCAUGUGUUACUCCUAUCCUUAAUCCGUUAGGUCAGAAAGAAUGCUUAGAUCGCACAUGUACACACAUACACACACACACACACACACACAUGCACAGAGUUGUGCAAAGGAGCGUCUUUGUUUUUGUCCUGUUUCGACUUGUUGAACGACAUGUUCCAGCGUUGUAAUGAGGUUUACCUGAGUGUGUGUGCAAGUGUGUGAGUGCACACUGAAAGGACGCUCUUCACAUUAAACAUUUUGAGCGCUGACAGUGCAGGUUUGACUCCACACCUGUGUGGAAAGCCCCCGGUUAUGAGGGCAAAAAAAUUUCAAUGCACUAUUUUAGGGAGCAGUGUGGGGGAGUGGGCAGAUGAUUGUAAAGCAGAGAAAGAUUUAAAAGCAAUUAACAUGUUAGAGAUUUUAAAAACAAUUAAAACCCCUCCCCACUGUGUGUGUGUGUGUGUGUGUGUGUGUGUGUGUGUGCGUAUGUGGGACAGAAAACAAAUACACUAAAGACUGAAAGGCCCUGGAGACAUUAGCUUAUCUCUCUAAGCCACUUAAUUUCUCAUUGUCUUCUAGUCGAAGGUUUAUAUACAUAUAUAAAAACAGUAUAAAUAAGAGUAAUAUUCUUACAAACACACCACACAGAUUCAUUUUUAUGUUAGAACCAUGAUGUGAGCCGUAAUUUUGAAUGACAAUUUUCCACUUUUAAAAACAUAUUUCUACCUUAAUAUGGCUUUUUUUUCUUGUAAACACCUUAGUGAGACAACAGAGAGUGGAAUAUUUAUGGAAAAUUCUUGAAAAUUAAUCAUUAAUUAAUAAUUAAUUUUUGCAUGUACAUUUUUUUUCAGCUAAAAAUUAAAAUCUCAUUACACUAGUUUAUUAAAAUGGUAGAAUAUAUUUUUGGCAUGCCAUACACACACCGUCCACUUUAUUAUCCAACCUGAAGAUUGGAAAAAGACAGAGUGACGUUUUUCCAAUCUUCAGCUGUCCAGUUUCAGUGAAUCUGUUCCCACUGUAGCCUCAGAUUCCUGUUCUUGGCUGACAGGAGUGGAACCUGAUGUGGUGGUUCUGCUGUUGUAGCCCAUCCUCCUCAAUGUGUUGUUCAUUCUGAGAUGCUUUUCUGCCCAACACGGAAGUAAAGAGUGGUUAUUUUAGUUAGCGUAGACUUCCUGUCAGCUUACACCAAGCUGGCCAUUCUCCUCUGACCUCUCUCAGCAGCCGCCUGCAGAAUUGCCCCUCACUUGGUGUUUUUUGUUUUUCGCACCAUUCUAUGUAGUGCGUGCAAAUCCCAGCAGUUUCUGAAACCAGCCUGUCACUAAGAUCACCAUUCUGAUGGUUGAUGUGAACAUUAACUAAGGCUCUUGACCUGUAUCUGCAUGAUUUUAUUCAUUGUGCUGCUGUCGCCUGAUAGGUUGAUUGAAUAAUUGCGUUAAUGCAGGUGUACAUGUGUUCGUAAUAAAGGGGACGGUGUUUAGAUGAGCUCUAAACAGUUUAGAUGAGUGCAUGAAAGUGUUGUUGUUGUUGUUCUUCUUUUUUUGACUGUUCCCAUUUAGAGGUUGCAACAGUGGGGUCUCCGUCUCCAUCAUGGAAAUCCAGUUUAUGAUCCGCAUAUUUGAUAUGAUACAGGUUUUACACCAGAUGCCCUUCCUGAUGCAACCCUCCCAUUUUCUCUUGGCUUGCGACCGGCACUAAGAGUGCACUAGAUUGUGCAACCCCAGUGGAUGGGUUUGGCUCCCGACGUAGGGUUCAAGCCCACGACCCUGAGAUUACAAGUCUCAGAGUGCAUGAAUGUGUAUGAGUAGUAAACUUAUAGCAGAUGAUUAAUUUUGCAAUAUUGCAAAAUAAUGUAGCAAUUUCUCUAGAACACCAUAAUAAAACUAUUUACUGCAUGGAUACUGAACUCUUCCCUUUUAUAAUUAUUUUUCUUUCAGUGUUCUCUCUCUCUCUCUCUCUCUCUCUCUCUCUGUCUAACUGUUUUACUGAGAGUGUGUCAGACAGGUAGUGUUGCCGCAGCCCAGACUUGUGUGAGGUGUUUUUCUGCAAGUAUGUACUUGUGCCUGGGUUGUCGUCUAGCUAAGGGCAUGUCAUAAUUAGGACAACGUUUGCCUUCCUUCACUCCAUCCCCCCGAAUCACUCACUCUCAGGGCUGCUAGCCACAAGGGUCACAGCUCAGAAGAGUUGCUCUGGGCAGAACUGUUGCCAAAGAAAUACCGAGAGAGAUGUGAAAAUGGAGGGCUCAUGGUGUUGAGAGAGUGUGUGAGGAUAUGCGCUGGCCUCUGUGACUGAACCACCUGCAUCCUUGUACUGGAGGCUUUACUGGAUGUAGUUAGAGAUUAACUGGGGAACCAGCAUUCAACCAACUUGGACAAUGUACUAUGUGAAAAAGAAGCUUACCUGUCUUUCCCUCCUUUUCUUCUCUCUCUCUCUCUCUCUCUCUCUCUCGACUCAGUCUCAGUAUAGCUUGCUGAGCAGCAGUAUGGAGCAGGGAUUGGGGAACCGUGCGGCGUCCACCAGCCCCUACAGCUCCGAGACCGCCUCUAACGUACCCACACCGUCGUCCUACUCGCAGCCCAACUCCACCUUCGAGGCCAUGUCUCCGGCCCCGGCCAUCCCCUCCAACACAGACUACCCUGGGCCGCACGGCUUUGAGGUCACCUUCCAGCAGUCCAGCACCGCCAAGUCAGCCACCUGGACGUAUUCUCCGUUGCUGAAGAAGCUGUACUGUCAGAUCGCUAAGACCUGUCCGAUUCAGGUGAAGCUUGCCUCGACUCCCCCGCAUGGCAGCGUGGUACGAGCCAUGCCCAUCUACAAGAAAGCUGAGCAUGUAACCGAAGUGGUGAAGCGCUGCCCCAACCAUGAGCUUGGACGUGACUUCAACGAGAGUCAGUCAGCUCCAGCCAGCCAUUUAAUAAGAGUAGAGGGCAAUAACUUGUGUCAGUAUGUGGACGACCCAGUAACAGGCAGACAGAGUGUGCUUGUACCAUACGAAGCCCCACAGGUGGGGACAGAAUUCACAACAAUUUUGUAUAAUUUCAUGUGUAACAGUAGCUGUGUUGGUGGAAUGAACCGCAGACCGAUUCUCAUCAUCAUUACUCUGGAGACAAGAGAUGGUCAGGUGCUGGGUCGGCGCUCUUUUGAAGGCCGGAUAUGUGCAUGUCCAGGUCGAGACCGCAAAGCAGACGAGGAUCAUUUCAGAGAACAGCAGGCACUGAACGAGAGCGUGGCCAAAAAUGGCAAUGCUAAUAAGCGCAAUUUCAGACAGACACCUCCCAACAUUCCCGGGCCUCCCAUCAAUAUAAAGAAGAGGAGACAUGGGGAAGAGGAGAUGUACUACAUCCCAGUACGAGGCAGGGAGAACUUUGACAUCCUGAUGAAGAUAAAGGACAGUUUAGAGUUAGUGGAGCUGGUGCCACAGCAGAUAGUCGACUCCUACAGGCAACAGCAACAGCAGCUACUGCACAGACAUGGUCAUGUGACCUCUCCGUCGCCCUAUGGAACACCACUGAGCAACAUUAACAAGGUCCACAGCAACAUCAGCAAACUUCCUUCAGUCAACCAGAUAGUGGCGCAUCAGAGCCAUCAGAACGCAGGACCGUCUGCCAGCAUGGUGCACAUGGGUGCGAACAUGCUGGGCGGCCACCACAUGCAGUCGAAUGGAGACGUGAAUGGUGCGCACUCGGCCCAGUCGAUGGUGUCAGCGUCUCACUGCACCCCGCCUCCACCCUACAACCCCGACCCCAGCCUCAUCAGCUUCUUAACCAGCCUGGGCUGCCAAAACUGCAUCGACUACUUCACAUCGCAGGGCCUCCAGAGUGUGUACCACCUGCAGACCCUCUCCAUGGAGGAUCUUGGAGCUCUUAAGAUCCCAGAGCAGUUCCGUUUGGCCAUCUGGAGAGGCCUCCAGGACAUGAAGCAGGGCCAUGAUUAUGGCCAGCAGCUUAUUCGCUCCAGCAGUAACAUGGCCACCAUGGCCAUCGGGCCCGGAGGUGAACUGCAGCGGCAGCGUGUCAUGGAGGCUGUGCACUUUCGCGUGCGCCACACCAUCACCAUCCCCAACCGCAGCACCACAGCCGGAGCAGACGAGUGGCCGGACUUCGGUUUCGACAUGCCCGACUGCAAGACUCGUAAACACUCCAUUAAGGAAGAGUUUGCCGAGAGCGACAUGCGCUGAGAUAUCUCACUAAGGCUCUCACAGAGACCUUGCCAUUUAUGCUGCUUUACUUUUUUUCUCCAUCAGACUCCUUUUUUUUUUAACUGAAAUGGACAGCUCUAUUUGGUUUCAGUGUCAAGUUAUUACUUUUUUUAAAGCAGUUCCUUUCAAACUUUUUUCUUUUUCUCACUUUUGUAACAUGUAAAUGCGACAGGAACACCUCCCAGAACUUUUUUUUUUAAAUGGACAACUAGCAAUUUUAUAAAUUAUAUCAACUACAACACAAUGCUGUGUAUAUAGUAACUCACAUUAAGGGACAAGGAAAAUAUGUUAGCACCAUAUUAUAACCACGACAGAGUUCACAUAUGCAUGUCUCAAAGAAUGUACACAACCUAUACAAAAUUCUAAAAAAUCAUCAAACCACAGUAAUAGUUUUUUCUGUAGCAUCAUGUUAUGUCUAGAUUUUGAAUGUACAGUGGAAAUAACACUCAGUAAUUUAGUCAUACUUUAGAGUAGGAAGGAAUUUAAAGGGCUCCUAGUAAGAAAUAUUUGACAAUAAUGACAAUUAUAUAACAGUGUCCUAUUGAAUCUUUCAUUUUGUGAAUAUUUGAAAAGCAAUCUGUCAGUAAAAUGAGGUGACUAUCAGAAAUGUGCAGCUCAGUUUAGCUACAUGUCAGGAUGAAAUUAUAAAAGAAAUCAGAUCAGUCUGGCGUUCCACUCAUAUGAAACCUAGUAUUAGUGAAUGUUGUUUACUUGGCAUAAAAUAUAUAUUGCAAAACACUGGAGCAUUACUUGGUUUAGAUUUUGAUGUGUUUAAAGCAUUACCACUAGCUCAGACAAUACAAAUGUCCCGUAUCGUGUGGUAUUAGCCUUGCAGGCCAAGGUUUUAUUUAUCAUACCAAACUGUCUGUCCAUCAGUUUAAGUGGGAAUGACUUUAAUCGGCCAUACUAUUGGAACAAUAUAGAAAAUAUUUGUGUAAUUACAUAUUUCUUUGCCCAGGUAUUUAUAUGUUUUGAGAAAUGACAUUGUGCUUUUGUUAUUACACUGCUACAGACUGGAUUAUUAUAAUGUUAAUGUAUUGCUUCCGUUAGAUAAACAAAAAUGGAGCAGAUCGAUCCUUCUUACCUGUGCAGUUUUAAUAAAUAUUUUUUAGAAGUUUUGCUACCCGAAUAAUUAAGUACUUGCACUGCCGCUGCAGUGUUACGUCAUUUAACACCGCCUUGUUUGUAAAUGUAUAGUAUUAAUUAGAUCUUGUGAUAUUGGAUUGUACUAUUUUUUUUCUUACUAUUUCCCCUUAUUGUAUAUACUUUUGGUUACGAACAGGCAGUUGUGAGACAAAUCACAUUUACUAUGAUAAUGGAUCACUUUACCUACAAGAAUGUAAUGGACUAAAUGCACAUAUGCGUUUGUCAAAAGUAAAGACUGAAAGAGAAUCUUCCCAAAUCCGUUAAACGGUCAGUUAAUAUUCCUCAGUUAGCCUGUUUCACUAACGCCUGAACAGUUCACGGCGCUCAAUGCUUUGUGCAGUUGGUGCUGGCUAAAAUCCACAAAAGAAAGCACUUUAUUGCUUUUGUAUAUUGUAAACACUGUAAUAUUUUGAUUGAUUGUGAUCAGUAUUAUGUCAGGUUAUUCAUAAGAGAUUUUAUGAAUGUUUUAAAGUCGAGAUGUCUUUUCUUUAAAAACAAAAAACAAAAAACAAAACCAUAAUGUCUAUUUUUGUUCAUUUCCAAAACGUGAUACAUGAUGUUUAUGUUUGAAUUGUGUAAGGUGAUUUUUUUUUUAUUAUUAAUAUUAAAGUGUGUAUUAUAGUAAUUAUAUCUGUUGUCAUUAAUAUCCUAACCCAGUUCAUUUCAGGAAAAUUAAACCACUCUGAAUUUUUUUUUUUCCAAAAGAAAAGAACUCAUGGCUUUUAUUUGGUUUAGAUGGGUUUUAAGUUUAGAGAUCAUGAUGACAGCAGUAAAAAAAGGGCUACUUCCAAACUUUUAUUGUUUUGUUAAAUUAGCAGAACAUUUUGUUUCCCACAGUAGUGAUAAUAGUAUAUUCAGAUGAUGUUCUCCCGAGUGGAGCAUCAAAUAUCUCAGGAAAACCCAUCAACACUCGACUUGUUAUUUUAACUAUACAAACUCCAGCCAAAUGACAGUUUGCAUUUCUGAGCUUGGUCCUGUUUAUGUGUUUUCUAGAUUGGUUUCUUGUUUCUUGUUGCAUCACCUGUUUUAGUUACUACCUUCUUUGCCUGUGAUUCUUUUAUUUAAAAAAAAAAAAGAAAAACAAAACUGGCACAUUCAUCCAUGAUUUCACAAACUAGUGCUUGUAGAAGAAAAUAUCUUAGCUUAACCCCCUGAAGUCUUAUCAUUCAGUUAUUCUUCAGUAACUUCUAUAAAUUAGAAAUAGAAAUGGGAUGUAGAUAAAGAGUGAGGAUGUCUGUAAGUCUGGACCUGGAGGUGAGUCUUAGGAGUUUAAGGGGUUAAGUAUAGGCCUAAGCACUUGCAGUACAUUCUGCCCAGCGCUGGAUAACAGUAUUUGUAAUCAGCAUUUCCAACACAUACGCUAAAAAUUUACUGUACAUUUUACAGUAAACAACUGUAAAUUCAAGGACCAAACCAUGGUAGAGCUAGGAUUUGAACACACAAGCUUCUGAGCUAUAAUUAAUAGCCUUAACCAUUGAGCCAGAACUAACUCAAUCAGCUUGUAUUGAUUCAGUGCAAUCUUUCAGUGCAAAUUAAUUCAGUGGUAAAAGUGGUUGAAUCAGCGCAAGCUAGUUGAGUUAGUCACGGUGGCUCAGUGGUUAAGGCUUUGCGUUACAGAUUAUAGAGAUAUGUGUUCAGAAUCCUGCAAACUGCCAUGCUUGUGUCCCUGAGCAAGAACCUUAAUCUUCAGCUGUAUAUUCAGUUGUAUACUGUAUCAAUUGUACCUUUUUUUUUAAGCAUCAGCCAAAUGAGCAAAUGUACUGGAUUAUUAUUUUAUACUACGUAAGAUAUUGCAGUACUUUACUCUAAAUAUAUUUUACAGUUGUUUACUGUACAUUUUAC